AUGUCCCGUGUGAAGCGGGCAUGUGCCAUGGCGACCGAAGCACUAAAAGAAGCCAAAAAACAGCGACGUUGUACCUGGAAAAUUGAGGAAAACUGCGUUUUGGCACUGAAAAAUUGUCGAAUUUCGGCGAAUUUCGGCCAGCGACUCAGCAAAACCGAAGCGUGUUGCGCGCCAUGCUUCUCGACGACGUUUCGGGGCAAAGACUACGAGCAGGAGUUUAUAAAUUGGAAAUUAAUGGCAAAAGACGGGCAGAUGCACAUUAAAAGCGAUCAAUUCGCCAAGAGAUAUGUUAAUAGUCGCUUCCUGCCGUUUUACAAAAAGUGCCGACUAUGCGGAAAAUACGCUCAAAUCGCCACGCGGGAGCCCCAAACCGCCCGUCAAUUCGCCGAUUUUCAGUGUCCCACUGGAUGUGAGAAUUCAGAAGAGCCAGAAGACGUGGAGAAAGUCAGAAGGGAUUCUGGAUGGUGUUUUAAUGAGUUCGGACAUCCUCCACUGCUUCAAAAUAACAUUUCCUACGAUUUACUCGUUGAUCACUAUGUCACAAGGACCACCGGAAUGGAUGCCACGUGUCAGGAGGGGGCGGAGCUUAUCGAGAAUGGGGGCGUGGCUUUCCGCGAUACCCGGAAGAUUAUGCACAUGUUCUAUGUACCGUUUACCGAUGUGAUUGCAAAUAUUGUACAUCCAGAGUUCAUGGAGACGGAUGAGAAAUUUGCGUUCCCAAAGUUCGCCGACGAUCCAUUCUCAAUCUACUACCUCCAAGUUCGGAAUACGAUCAUCGCCAUGUGGCUGAAGCAUCCGUUCGCUGAGAUCACACAGAAAAUGGUCGAAUCGCAGAUCAUCGUCCGCGGACACGCCCGAAUCUUCUUCAUCGAACAUCUGAUCAGGCCGAUUUUGGAGUUUUUGACAAUUAAGGGAAUUAUCAAUUAUGGAGCGUUCGAUUUUCGCAUUGAUCCGUUGAUGGGCAAGGUUCCGGUUCCGAAAAUCGCAAUCAUCGGUGCUGGAAUAUCUGGAAUGUCGACGGCUCGCCACCUACAACACCUGGGUAUCAAUUCGGUGAUUUUCGAGGCGAAGGAUCGAUAUGGUGGCAGGAUGAAUGACGAUCGGACACUCGGUGUUUCAGUGGGAAAAGGCGCCCAAAUCAUCGUUGGCAACAUCAACAAUCCGAUAACACUGCUCUGCGAGCAAAUCGGCCUGAAAUAUCGAAAUUCCAACUUUUUCUGUCCGCUCAUCGAUGAAACCGGCCAAUGCCUGACGUUUGAGAAGCGAGAGCUGGAUGAUCAGGUGGAUUUACACUAUAAUAAUGUGCUGGAUGCGAUUCGCAACAAAUAUCAAUCGAAUCGCAAUUUUCCGGACUGUACGCUCGAAGAAAUGUUCUCAAAAAUGAGCUCUGGCCUACUCUCAGCGGCGGAACUCGAUCAUUUGUACACUCGAGAUUUCGAGAAGCUUCUCGAUUUUCAUUUGGGAAAUUUGGAAUUUUCGUGUGGGACGGCAGUGGCGAAUCUCUCCGCCAAAGAGUACGAUCACAACGAGAAAUUCGGGAAUUUCGCCGGCGAGCAUGCAGUUGUGACCGAUGGAGCACAGCGGAUUGUUGAUUACUUGCAACGUGGACUGGAGAUUCGUCUGAAUUCACCGGUCAAAUGUAUUGAUUGGCGGGGGGAGAGAAGAGUGAGGAUUCAGUUGGAGAGUGGAGAGGAGCAGGAGUUUGAUCGGGUGGUGGUGACGACGUCGUUGGCCGUGUUGAAGAAAAAUCCGCAAAUGUUCAACCCCCGUCUGCCAGCUGAAAAACGAAACGCCAUAGAUUCCCUUGGCGCCGGACUCAUCGAGAAAAUGGCCGUGAAAUUUGAUCGACGAUUCUGGAGUACGGUAGAUGCGGCGGAUGGGAAGCGAACCGAAUAUUUUGGAAAAGUGCCCGAUUCGAAAUCCGAUCGAUCUCUUUUCAAUAUUUUUUAUGAUUUUUCGGGAAAAGACCCGUGCGGCGAGGAAGUGUACGUUUUGAUGUCCUAUGUGACGGCCGAACAUGUAAAUAUUGUGAACGAGCUGUCCGACGAACAAAUCGCCGAGAAAUUUGUGGAAACCCUUCGGAAAAUGUUCCCAAACGCGGAAAUUCAUCCGUUGGCACAGAUGUGUUCGCAUUGGGGUGCCGAUCCGCACAUUGGAAUGUCGUAUACGUUUGUGCCGUUUGGGUCGGACGGUGAUGCGACGUAUAAUCGAUUGAAGGAAACCGUCGACGACCGUAUCCAUUUCGCUGGUGAGCACACGAUCGCAGCGGAGCCGCAAACCAUGGCCGGAGCAUAUCUAUCAGGACUGCGGGAAGCGUCGAAAAUUGUGAUGAGUGCCAAGAGGAAUGUGAUGAUUGAAUGA